CACACAACUACAACACCAGACGUGAGCAUCACUCACAAAAAAAAGACCCAGCCCUCGUCUUCCCCUCUCACACUUUCAAACAGGCUCCUCGUGUGCUUCUCGCGACAAGGACAAACGCCACACAUCGGAUUACCAAUCUCAUCUUCCCACGAGAACUGGCCUCUGAACACCAAACCAUAGAGCACAAACUCUUGAAACCACAAUGGCGGAGCACAAGUACAAAUUCAACAUCACCAUGACCUGCGGCGGCUGCUCAGGUGCCGUAGAGCGAGUGCUGAAAAAGCUGGACGGCGUCAAGUCUUACGACGUAUCUCUGGACACCCAGACGGCCGACAUCGUGACGGAGGAGAGCGUGGACUAUUCCACUGUGCUGGAGAAGAUCAAGAAGACGGGCAAGAAGGUGAACUCGGGGGAGGCGGAUGGGGUGGCGCAGGCUGUGUAGAUGUGGUGUGAGUUGCAUUCGUGCUAGACGAUCGCUAAGGAAUACGCUU